UCUCAACCAUGCCCGAGACUGUAUGGGCAAUUCACAACUUUGAGGCUGAGGCGGAGGAUGAGAUCUCAUUUCAGAUUGGUGAACCCAUCAUUGUCCUUCAUAGAGAUGAACUUUAUCAGGAUGGUUGGUGGGAGGGUACCAACGUCCGUGGUGAAACUGGUCUCUUUCCUCAAAAUUACACAACACAGAAUCCACCAGAGAAACCUCUCCCCGAAGCCCCGUCAAGCGAUUCAAACGCUUAUGGAAGUAAUACUAACUCUGGAGUCGGUAGCAAUGACUAUAAUGGCAAUGGGAAUAGCAGGAACAAUAACCAAAAUUAUGCAAGCAAUAUCACCAAUAAUAGCAGCAGCAUGGGCCAUACAACAGACAACCUUAAUAACAAUCACAAUAACAGCAACAUCCGUACACAUGAAAGUCAAACCAACUCUAAUGUUAGGAUGCUUGCACAACAGAGUCAAAGCAACUACAACAACACCCCCAGUAAUGGAAAUAACAUGUAUAUUCAACAGAACCCAGUGAUUGCAAGCCCAUCCGUUGACUCCACACGAGGUGGAUCUCUCAGUGGUGGAUCGAUUAAUGGUGCUCCAACAAGCAAAAUCAUUGCUCAGAACGUUGAGGAGAGCUUGUCUGACCCACAAUUGGCUGGUCAUCCAUCAACUUGGUCUAUUGAUCAAGUAGCUCACUGGUUACGUUGUUGUGGAUUCGGUACAGUUGUGUCCAGUUUCAUAGAUAACGAGAUUUCGGGUGCCAUUCUGUUGGAGCUUAAUCUGAACAACCUGAAAGAAUUGGAUAUCACUUCAUUCGGAAAACGAUUCAACAUCAUAAAUGCCAUCACAUCGUUGAAACAGUUGACAAAGAGCAAUCUUGACUCCAAAAACUCUUAUGGUGGUCUAUCCAACAUGUCAUCCAUGUACAGUGUUGGUAGCCCCGGCGGCCCAAAUAUCCCUCCCCGCAUGACAUCUGCUCCUAUCAACGUUCCUGCCAAUGGUGUAAACUUGCCUGAGCCGCGUGCUUCUUACGACUCAAGGGGUGACUACCUGCGUGACUCUCGGCACAAAGAUCUUAGUGAUCCUCGGAAUGCACCUCUACCACCAGGCCCAUCUCAUAAUGCGCGACUUUACCAGCAGAUCCAUGCUCAGAAUCUGGCUUCAUCAUCACAGCAACCUCUACAAACACUUCCACAACAACAACAGUUUUCAGACUAUGACAUUCAGGCAGGCCAACCUCAAAAUCGAUCUGCUGCCAAUCUUGCACGCUCUGAUACUUUGGGGUCCGUUAUGAGCGGUGCCAGCAUCGGAGACUAUGGCUCGCCGACUUUAGUCGAUGCACCUAGUCUGAAUGGCCAACGUCAGAGCGCAACAUCUGCCUUCUCUUCAAACCCGAAUCUCCAUCGUAGCAAUAACCCCUGGGAUCGCCAUGCUUCUCGCGCACCUCAGCCACAGAUGCCCAGCCCUGUAGCAUCGCAGCCACGAGGCGCUCUAUCAACCGAUUUUGACAAUAUGGGAUAUGGUCAACAGCAAUCGCCCCAGCCACAGCUUCCAAUGGACCACUACCCACGGCCAAUGGAAGUAAGUAGAAAUGCACCAGGCAGCCCCGAAGUGCUUCGUCCCGAUCCAUACUCAAACUCGAUGAUGUAUGAGCAGCCCACCCCCAAGCCUCGCAAAUUUCAUAAUCCAGACACAACAAACCGUCCCCAAAACGGUAAAGCAGAUCCUUCAGAUAAGGUUGUACCCUUAGAGCUGAUUGGUAGGCCAGAUUAUGCAGGUUGGCUCAAGAAACGUGGCGAUACCUAUCGGACCUGGAAGAGCCGUUGGUUCAUGUUGAAGGGAGUGACACUGUACUACAUGAACUCACCUAAGGAUAGUGCUAGCAAAGAUUACAUCAACUUGGUUGGAUACAAGAUUAUUCAGGAUGAGAACAUUUAUGCAGGCAAGUACUGCUUCAAGGCUGUCCAUGAGGACCUCCGGAACUUUUACUUCUAUACAGAUAGCGAGAGUGACAUGAAAGGAUGGCUCAAGGCUCUGAUGAAGGUCACGAUUGGACGGGACCCUACUGCACCAGUGAUCUCCUCCAGUAACAUCCCUACAAUUCCUUUGCAUGUGGCUCGAAAAUUGGCUCCUCGUCCUCCCUCUCCUUCGAGGCGUGUAAAUCGUAAUCUUGGGGCUAAUGGGCAGCCGAUUCAUUCUCAGCAGCUGCAAAAAUUACAAUAUGAUCAAGGUUUUCAACAACAGAAGCAGCUAUUGCAACAGCAGAUGCAACAGUUGCAGCAGUCCUCUCAGCCUCAGCCCAGGUCGUCCCAUCAGCAGCAGCAGUUGUUGGACUAUGAUGACCAUGAUUCAGAUGGUGAGGGUUACCAUCCUAAUGACUAUAGCAACAACCAUCCCGGUAAUAUUCCUCAAAAGAAUGGUGAUGAGAAACGUAUUGCUGAGCAUCCUGAAAGCCCCGUCUUGCAAAGUCUUUCAGUAGAUCAGCAGCGCCAUAGCUUUGUGCACUCAGACCAACGGGAUGGGGACGAUGAUCCAUGGAGAGAUGAGGAUGGCGAAGGAUUUGGGCAUCAACAAAAGCAACAACAGCAGCAGCAGCAGCAACAGCAGCAGGAGUUGAAAUAUUUGCGUCCUGAUAGCGAGUUGGACUCGUUCCGACAGCCUAAAGAUGUGUCGCAACCAAAGAUACAAGAGCAAGAACCUCUUCCCAUAAAUACUCGUUGGACUCAGGAGCAAUAUGUCGAGUGGAUAAACCGCCAUCUGCCUAGUACUGUGGAGCCAGUCUCAGACAUGACUCAAUCUCUUCGGUCGGGCGUAGUCCUUGUACGCCUGAUCGAACAACUCUCAGGGGAAACAGUUGAUAAGAGAGUCCCUAAUGCGACCUACACGUUACAGAUGCUGGAGAAUUUAUUGACGGCAUUCAAGUUUAUGGAUCGCGUCGGGGUUUCAACCGACGGAUAUACUGUUAAGGAUGUUUUUAACGGCAAUGAAGAGAAGAUUGCAUUUAUGUUUGAGGCUAUUCGAGCCAGAUUCCCAGAGAAUACUCCAUCUGGCCCUAAUCCAACUGGUACGAAUAGCAAUGCCAGCGCCUCAUCUGUAUCCACUUUGCAUCAGCAGCAGCAGCAGCUCUCAGCAUCUAGUUCACUCUCGACAUUGAAUGCCUCAGUGGCCCCCGCAUCAUCACUUCCACCUCUGCCUAAUGGGCCAAGUAAAGGAUCUCCUGUCCCAAAGAUGAACGGUCGUGCGAGCCCUGCUGUGAUGAACAACAACUCUGGUCGAUCUCCUUUGAUUGGCAAUGCUAAUACUCCGCGAAUGCAAAUUCAGCAUAUUGGAGACGAAUCUGAGUAUGAGGCCCUGUACGAUGAAGCAGCUCGUAGCACCAUCUCUUAAAGGAAGACGCAAAGAAAAACCGUAAUGGGCCUCUUUCUCACAUCCACAUUUAUUUACACAGACCUUUACAUUCACAUAUUUAUUGUUUAUUUCCCUUCACGCAC